CCUAUUGGUGGGAGGGAGGUGCCACGGCUGCGCCCGCACCGUUUUUCUCGGCUUGUCGGCGCGCUUCGGCGUCGUUGAGAUGGCGCUGGAGGUGCGGAGCAUGGAAGGCGAUGUGGAGGACGGCGAGCUCUGCAACUCGGACUCCGACAUGCCUGGCGUCGGCUCCCCCGGGCACCCGCAGCAGAAUUCACUUGAUGGCAAUGAUUUGGGCAAACCAUUCCAGAGCAGCAUUUCAUCAUGUGCACCAAGUGUUCCUUACCGAACAACCACAAGUGUAGAUUCAAGUGAUGAAAGCUUUUCUGAAUCUGAUGAUGACAGCUGUCUGUGGAAACGAAAACGACAAAAGUGUUUCAACUUCCCUCCUGCUAAAUCUCAGCCUUUUCAGUUUAGCCAGAGCCACCAAAAACAAACUGCUGUAGGUGGCAAGAAGGUCAACAACAUUUGGGGUAUGGUGCUCCAGGAGCAGAGUCAGGAUGCAGUGGCUAAUGAGCUUGGAAUUCUAGGCAUGGAUGGUAGUAUUGACAGAAGCAGGCAGUCUGAGACUUACAAUUAUUUACUGGCUAAAAAGCUGAUGAAGGAAGCUAAGCAAAAGGAGGCAGAGACUUUAGAUAAAGAACUGGAUGAAUACAUGCACGAUGAUAAGAAAACAUUGCCAGCAGAAGAAGAAAAUGGACACGGCUCUGUUAGACGGAAGCGAACUCUGAAAGAUAGACUAGGUGAAAGACAAGAAAUGAAAUAUAAAGGAAGGUAUGAGAUAACAGAAGAAGAUUCAGAGGAAAAAGUGGCAGAUGAAAUCGCUUAUCGCCUUUGUGAGCCAAAGAAAGAUUUAAUUGCCCGGGUAGUGAAAAUAAUUGGGAAGAGGAAAGCUAUUGAACUGCUUAUGGAAACAUCUGAAGUGGAACAAAAUGGUGGACUGUUCAUAGUGAAUGGCACUCGGAGGAGAACACCAGGGGGCGUUUAUUUAAACCUGCUGAAGAACACACCUAGUAUCAAAGAAGAGCAAAUCAAGGAAAUAUUCUACCUGGAGAACCAAAAGGAGUAUGAAAACAAAAAAGCUGCUAAGAAGAGGAGAAUACAAGUUCUAGGAAAGAAGAUGAAAAAAGCCAUAAGAGGGCUCAACCUGCAAGAAUAUGAUGACGCAUCUCGUGAGACUUUCGCUAGCGAUACGACCGAAGCUCUGGCUUCCCUGGAUGAUCUACAGGAGGGGCAUCACGAAGCAAAGAUGGACCCUGAAGAUAUUAUUGAAAUUGAUAAUGCUCAUGAUUUGGAGAUCUUCUAGUUACUAAUGUUCUUGAUAACAAAGUCUCUGUAAAACAUGUUAAAUUAGCUCAUUUAUAAUCCCAUGAUUUCUUUUCAUAACCUGCAAAAACAUACGAAAUAUUAGGUGCUGAACAACAUCUAAUAAUUCUUAGCUGAAUUCUACAGCAUGGAAGAUUCAAAUUGUCCUAUUAUUUGUUUGCUGAGUCCUCAAAAUGAUUUCAAAAUUUUUCUAGGUAACAGCUCUGCAUCACCAUGUUUCUUCCUUAGGAAAUUCUUGGUCACAUGUUAGCUAUGUUUUAGAUUAAAAUCAGAGUUAAAGCUAUGCUUUAAUCAGAUACAUCAAUUUUAAUUUGUUGACACUGUCAAAGUCAUGAAGUGAGCAAUGCUCCUUGAUACAGUUGAACAGGAAAAUCCAGUAUAAAGUUAGUCUUGAUAGAAAAGAUCUUGUGUGCCUAUAUGCAGUAUGUUGGGAAGAAUACCAGAGUUUAUAGAAUUAAAGACCUGGAAAAACAGAUUGUUUCUUAAAAGUCACUGACCAUUAAAAUUGUUUGUUUCACAAACCAAUCUUGUAAAUAAGCACUGUUGAGCAGUAUAUGUUUGAAAUUUCUGCAGCGGUUUAAUCCUUUUUAUUAUAAUAGUAGCUUGAGCUUUCUACUUGUUCUGUCUAGACUUUUUCCAUGACUAGACACACACACAUCUUCAAUCUUUUUGUUUGAAAACAAAUACAACUGGAUGCUUUCUGAGCAGUGAGGUUUUACUAAGCUGUGUUUCCCUCAAUGGUCUGUAGACUCCACAUGCAAGUAUAAACCUAUUAACUUGCAGUUCUUGUUUCCAUGCUUCUCACUUGAGCAGUACAAUAUUGUGCAUCUUGCAGAAGUUCUCAAGUUUUUAGUAGCAGAUGAUGAGUUGUUUGUUUUGGUUUUUUUUUUUUACCUUGAUGCAGAAGAUUGGUUUCUAAGUUUGAUUGAAGACAACUCCUGUGUUGAAUGUCAUUUUGAAUAUAGCUGAAAAACAAGUGCAACACUGAUACGUGUGGUAUCUAAAACUCUCACUAAUAAGUUGUGCUCUCUCUGAUUAGACACUUUUCCAGCAUAAAAUAUUUCUGAAGUAUGACUGAAUUCACUUUAAAACCUGUCAACAAACAUCUGUAUGUUAAUUUUGUUAACCAGGAGUCCUUGGACUUUAGAAGCAAACCGUAUCACUGAAACACAUAGUGAAGUUAUAAUGAACAAUUCAUUACUGUCAAGGACUCUUAAUCAUAUAGCACAUUCCAUUCUAUGCUUCACUGAAUUUAAUUAAAUAUUGAUUAAAGAA